AUGCCGAUUUCCAACGGUGACUCCCUUGGCCGUGCCAUGCACGCUGAGAUCCAGGACUACACCAAGGCCCUGGAGGUCCUGGAGAAGGACUACACCACCCGGGAUGGUCUGGAUGUGGAUACCCUGCUUGAUUCUGACAAGCACGGUGCUUUGACUUACAAUGAUUUCCUCAUUCUUCCCGGUUACAUCGGCUUCCCUGCCUCCGAGGUCACUCUGGACACCCCUGUGACCAAGCGUGUCUCUUUGAAGGCUCCUCUUCUUUCCUCUCCCAUGGACACCGUCACCGAGCACAACAUGGCCAUCCACAUGGCUCUGCUCGGUGGUCUGGGUGUCAUCCAUCACAACUGCUCUCCCGAGGCGCAGGCCGAGAUGGUGCGGAAGGUUAAGAGAUACGAGAACGGCUUCAUCCUGGACCCCGUCGUGCUUUCUCCCAAGGCUACCGUCGGUGAGGCCAAGGACCUGAAGGCCAAGUGGGGUUUCGGUGGUUUCCCUGUGACUGAAAACGGCACUCUCCGCUCGAAGCUCGUCGGCAUGGUUACCUCCCGGGACAUCCAGUUCCACCCCAACCUCGACGACCCGGUCACUGCUAUCAUGACCACCGACCUUGUUACCGCCCCGGCCGGCACCACCCUGGCCGAGGCCAACGAAGUCCUCCGUUCUUCCAAGAAGGGCAAGCUGCCCAUUGUGGAUGAGAACGGCAACCUUGUCUCUCUCCUCUCCCGCAGCGAUCUGAUGAAGAACCUUCACUACCCUCUGGCCUCCAAGCUUCCCCAGUCCAAGCAGCUGAUCUGCGCUGCUUCAAUUGGUACCCGUGAGGAGGACAAGACCAGACUGAAGCUCCUGGUUGAGGCUGGUCUUGAUAUUGUCAUCCUGGACAGCAGCCAGGGUAACAGUAUGUACCAGAUCGAGAUGAUCAAAUACGCCAAGAAGACCUACCCCGAGAUCGACGUAAUUGGUGGUAACGUCGUGACCCGUGAACAGGCUGCAUCUUUGAUUGCCGCCGGUGUCGAUGGCCUGAGAAUUGGCAUGGGCAGCGGCAGCGCCUGUAUCACCCAGGAGGUCAUGGCCGUUGGUCGUCCCCAGGCUGCGGCUGUGCGCAGCGUUACUUCCUUCGCCUCCCGCUUUGGCGUUCCUUGCAUCGCUGAUGGUGGUAUCCAGAACAUCGGCCACAUCGUCAAGGGUCUGGCCAUGGGUGCCUCGACCAUCAUGAUGGGUGGUCUCCUGGCCGGUACCACCGAGUCUCCCGGUGAGUACUUUGUCAGCAGCGAGGGUCAGCUCGUCAAGGCCUACCGUGGUAUGGGCAGUAUUGCGGCCAUGGAGGACAAGAAGGCUGCUGCCGGCGCCAAGGACAGCAAGGCCAGCAACGCUGGUACCGCCCGGUACUUCUCCGAGAAGUCUGGUGUCCUGGUCGCCCAGGGUGUGGCCGGCUCCGUCCUGGACCGCGGCUCCGUCACCAAGUUCAUUCCCUACCUUGUCACUGGUGUGCAGCACUCUCUGCAGGAGCUUGGUUGCAGGAACCUGCAGGAGCUCCACGACAACGUGAACAAGGGCGUGAUCCGCUUCGAGAUGAGAAGCGCCAGUGCCAUGGCCGAGGGUAACGUCCACGGUCUCCACAGCUACGACAAGAAGCUCUACGCUUAA